AGAAAAGUUUCGCAACAAAAUUGCCCUCCGGGUCUUCCUUUCCUCGAUUCCUCCGUCCAGCACGUUCUAUCUGGACCCUAGUUCAAGACUGGACCUACCGGGGUAAAGACUUGCUCCCCCGACGUCAAAUUCCGGAUGGCUAGACUUCCGAACCCGCCAGAACUGUAAUGGUCAAGGUAGACGACGCCAUAUUACAUAUCACACUCGCAUUGCAACCUCUAAAGGGCCCGGAUGAGAGCGCCGGUGACGGCAAUUGGAUAGCCUUGUUCGUGAUCGCCGCCCAGUAUUCUGAUGCUUCUUGUAUCGACAAGGAAAAACUUGCGCCCAGGAACGCCAGAGUUGCUACGCCCCAGCCAGGUAUGCAACCCCUGUCUGUCUUCCACAAGGUUCCUAGGAUAAACUCGCACCAACGAGUCUGGUUUGACCAAGCCCUAUAAUCUCUUUUAGAGAUUCAAGAUCGUCGCAAAUAACAUCAGGCACCUCGACGAGAGUGGUUAGUUCUUGAAGGUUA